AUGGCGGACCACUCGAGUCCCCUACAAUCCGACGGAGAAGACCUUCUCCAGGCCGCACUUUCUGAUGCCUUCUCCAUCAGUGACCUUCCUCGCGAGUCUGCUGUCACGCAGACUAGCUAUAGCCAGGACUCCGAACCGAAGUCGGAGGCUGUCGCUGAAUCUGCUGAGGGUACAGAAGGUGCAUCACCGCCGCCCGCCUCCGCCGAGCAACACGAUGCGUGGAAAGCCGAAUAUGAAGCUAACGUUGCUCAAUGGCGUCGGCAGUCGGCCGAGGCUCGUGAGCGCUCGGAGGCGGAACGAGCCCGAUGGGAAGAAGUGCGUGCAAGAGAGAGAGAGGAAGCGCGAUUGAGGCCGCCUCCAGAGGUCAAGGAGAAGGUGGAAAGUGAGAGUGGAUGGGAGAGUGUGUCAGGCAUCACAGAGAGCACAGGGCAUCAUUCUGUACUUCCCGGUGCUAGUUCAGCUCGAACGAAUAUCGGAAUCCAAACCCAGCAUGCGCCCGAGAACACUACACCGCCCUCAAACGCCAACGACUCUCACCCAUCAAGCUCUGCACACUGGGACGACUUCCCUUCAUCCAUGACGUCUUCCUUCCCCUCCAUGUCCUUCCCAGAAGCGUCCCGCUCCCACUCACCCGAACACCACCAUCGCCAUCCUGCUGACCAAACACACCACGUUCACGACUCGCACGCUCCCGCUCAUACUCCUCACUCACACACGCGUGCUCAUGAACACGCGUCUGCGAGCGCCUCCACGACGCUUGCAGUCUUCGACGGAACCCUCUCCGUCCGGACACGCGCGUGGGCCCUGGUAUCCUCGCUCACGAUCAACAUGUUCCUCCCAUUCGUAAACGGCGUCAUGCUUGGUUUUGGCGAGAUUUUCGCCAGGAACGUCGUAGGGUGGCUUGGAUGGCGUGUCCCUGGGGCUGCUGCGGCCAAUGUGGGCAUACGUCCGCUUGCCGACCAGCGCAAAAAGAGGGCCGACUGA